CUCCCUCGCCGGCCAAUGGAGGGCGACGCAGCCUCCCAGGGCCUGUCCCAAUUGGCGGGGAGCGCCCGUCGCUCAGCUACCGCGGGGCAGGCGCGCCGUGCAGGGGAAGUGAAAGUUGGAGCGCCUGGGCCGAGGGGUCCGUGGCGCGCGGGGAGCCAAAGCGCGAGAGCGGGCGGCGGGUGGGGUUCCGGCGGAGGAGAGCGGCGUCCCCGUCAGGCGGAAAUGGCCCAUAGGAGCGGGGAGCAGAGCCUCCGGGAAGAGCUGACCUGCGCCAUCUGCUAUGAUCUGUUCCGAGACCCAGUCAUGCUGGAAUGCAUGCACCAUUUUUGCAGGGAGUGCAUCCAGAGCUAUUGGGAUAAGAGCUCAAAAGUUGCGACCUGCCCCCAAUGCCGGCAAAAGUUCCCCACCAGGUCCUUCCGUCCCCAGUACCUUGUUUCUGGAGUAGUGGAGACAGUUCGGAGGUGCACCUCUGAGGAACACAAGAAAAAAAUGCAGACACACCUCCAAGAGGCAUUUCAGUCUUGCCAGGUGGAGUGUGAGAAACUGAUGAGAAUGAAGCAUGCAGCUGAAGAGAACAUCUGCACCCUGCUGACAACAUCUCGUGAAGUGAACUCCAAGAUCCGGGCAGAAUUUGAGUAUCUUCAUCAGAUCUUGCAAGAGGAAGAGAGAGCUGUGCUGACGGGGCUGGCCAGAGAGGAAGAACAGUGGUUGAUGAAGCUGGACGGAGAUGCCACACGUCUCAGUAUGGCAAUAACUGAGCUGAAGAAGAGCAUGGAGCACAUUCAGAAAAAGCUUGAUGAGCUGGGGAACUCAUUGCUGCUGGAGGUGGAAAAUGUGUCUGUUAGGCCAGCGGUGCAGGUGAAAGAGUUGACCGCCUUUAAUAUAGAGCAGCACAAGGACCGGUAUGAUGGACCUCUGCAGUUUAUAUUUUGGAGAAGGAUGCUGAAAUCGAUCUGCACAGCUCCUGUUCCUCUGACCUUGGACCCUGAAUCAGCUCACCCUAACCUUGUCCUCUCCAAAGACCUGACGGCAGUGACAGAGAGGAAGACGCCCCAGUCUGUGCCCAGAAGCCCCAGCCGCUUCCUGCAGUGUGUGAAUGUGCUGGCGAAGGAGUCCUUUGAGAGUGGAAGACAUUACUGGGAGGUCUGGGUGGGCACCAAGACCAAGUGGGACCUGGGAGUGGCAGCGGACUCAGUGGACCGGGCAGCAAGAGUCAAGCUAUGCCCCAAGAAUGGCUACUGGGCUAUACGGCUGCGGGAGAAGUCUCGUUAUUGGGCUGCAGCCUCUCCCUGGGUGCGCCUGAAUCCUGGGCGCUUGCUGAGAAAAGUAGGUGUCCUGCUGGACUGCAAGGCAAGGAAGGUGGCCUUUUAUAAUGCCGAGGACAUGUCCCUUCUCUUCACCUUCCACCAGGUCAGGGCACGCAGGUUCUACCCUUUCUUCAGCACUUGUUUCGGCGAUGGCGAGAAUGCUGAGCCCAUGAGGAUCUGCCACCUGAACCUGUAGGAACAUCCUGAAGUCUGAUUCCAUUCAGCAAGACUUGGUGGGUCCCUCUUGUUUCCUGGGAACACAUAAGAUCUACCUUGUGUGUCUCCCCGCUGUGAUGAACAAGUUAAGGGAAACUGACUGGUUUUGCAAAAAGGUUUAAGAAAACCACAACCCACUCUUCUAUUUCAUAGGACAAACACCACCUCUUAGAAUGCAUAAAACAAUAUCAACAUGAUGGAAUGUAUUAGAAUAGAUAUUAAAGCAGAUGAUUAAGAAGAA